UUCUGAUGUUGCACGACGGGAAAUGCUUUGAAUACUUGCGACAUGGCUGCGCGCAUUGAUUGCCAAGAUUGACAGCAGCUCAGCCCCUAGUCUUCUCUUGUCUGAGUGCGUGAGAGAGGGAGAUAAAGAGCAGAUAGACGAACAACAAAAGGUACUUGUAGUUUUGGACAACUGAACUUCACAGAGAGUCUACGGGAUCCCCUCCUAUGGCCCCGUGUGAGCAGAGUCAAGUUUUCGCUCAACAGAUAGCUCAGUGAUCUUUUUCUCUAAAAGUAUAGCCGAGUCUAGUGUUGUUCGCGCACGAGGAAGGACGCACUGUUAUCUUCCCUACAGGCUCACAUCAUCAAGGUUGUUUACAUGAAUUCAGAAUCCACUGACCAGUGAUCACUGGAAGCUGGGGAUUGAGUCUUUCAGUUUUUUGAAAAUGGUUUUCUGUGAUUUUUCCUGCCAGAACCCCACCUGCUGACAUGGAGGGCUUUCUUCGUAGCAGCUUUUUACUGAGUAGAGUCAUGUCUUCUAAGCAAGCCACGUCUCCCUUUGCCUCUGUGGUUGAUGGUGAUGAUGCCAUGAGUCAGGAGCACUUGUCUUGGGAGAAAGAGGAGAGUACAGAGGCCCUCGGGACACCACAGCUACCCCUCCACAGUCUGCUCCAUGGAAAAGCCCCUGAUGAAAUGCAACCACUCAGCAGUGUACCGUCAGAGAGCGACUGGGACAGCUUGGUGUCAGCACAGCAGCGCAUGGAAUCUGACAGCAAUAAAGUAUGUUCCCUCUACUCCUUCCGGAACAAUUCCACUUCCCCACACAAGCCCGAGGAGGGGGCCCGGGAGCGAAGUGACCUGCUGAGCGGAUCAGCGUUUGGAACUCCAGAGCGCCGCAAAGGAAGCCUGGCAGACGUGGUGGACACGCUGAAGCAGAAGAAGCUGGAGGAGAUGACUAAGACAGAGCAAGACGAAUCCUCAUGCAUGGAGAAACUUCUUUCUAAAGACUGGAAAGAGAAGAUGGAGAGGCUCAACACCAGUGAGCUUUUGGCAGAAGUAAAAGGUACUCCAGAGAGCCUGGCAGAAAAGGAACAUCAGCUCUCCACAAUGAUCACCCAGCUGAUCAGCCUGCGAGAGCAGCUCCUGGCUGCUCAUGAUGAACAGAAGAAACUUGCCGCCUCGCAGAUGGAGAAACAGAGGCAGCAAAUGGAGUUGGCUCGUCAGCAGCAAGAGCAGAUCGCCAGACAACAACAGCAGCUUCUGCAGCAGCAGCACAAAAUCAACCUCCUCCAGCAGCAGAUCCAGCAGGUCCAGGGUCACAUGCCUCCGCUCAUGAUCCCCAUUUUUCCACACGACCAGCGCACUCUAGCAGCAGCAGCUGCCGCCCAGCAAGGCUUUCUCUUCCCCCCGGGAAUGUCUUAUAAGCCAGGUGAUAACUACCCAGUGCAGUUCAUUCCAUCCACAAUGGCAGCUGCAGCAGCGUCAGGACUCAGCCCCCUCCAGCUUCAGCAGCUGUAUGCCGCCCAGCUUGCCAGUAUGCAGGUCUCUCCUGGAGCCAAGAUGCCUCCACUGCCCCAGCCCCUCAAUUCAAGCGGACCCAUCUCUCCUUCAUCUCUGAAGAAUGACAAGAGUUCCUCCAGCCCCAUCACUCAAGUCAAGGAGGAGGGAACACAGCCCCUCAACCUGUCUGCUCGGCCAAAAACUACAGAAAUGGUCAAAUCUCCUACAUCCCCGACACAAAACCUGUUCCCCGGCAGUAAAAGCAGCCUCAUUGGGAAGGGUGGUAUCCCCAGCCCACUUGGAGGAGGCCUAGGACGAGGGUCAUCUCUUGAUAUUUUGUCCAGCCUAAACUCAACUGCCCUGUUCGGGGACCAGGACACAGUAAUGAAGGCCAUUCAAGAGGCUCGGAAAAUGAGGGAGCAGAUCCAGAGGGAGCAGCUGCAUCACCACCAGCAGGGCAUGGAAGCAAAGCUGUCUGCUCUUAGUUCGGUUGGCCUCAACAACUGCAGAACUGACAAGGAAAGGGCGCAUUUUGACAGCAUUGGGCACCACCUUGGCAAACUGGGAGAAGAAGGAAAGCUCGGCCACAGAGUUAUUGACCUCACCAGGCCUGAGGAUCUAGAUGGAGGCACUGGAUCUGCUGAGGCACGAGUCUUCAGGGAGUCCCGAGGACGGAACAGCAACGAACCCCACAUUAAAAGGCCAAUGAAUGCAUUCAUGGUUUGGGCCAAAGAUGAGCGGCGCAAGAUUCUCCAGGCGUUCCCUGACAUGCACAACUCCAACAUAAGCAAGAUUUUGGGUUCCCGGUGGAAGGCUAUGUCAAACCAGGACAAGCAGCCAUACUACGAAGAACAGGCUCGCUUGAGUAAACUUCAUUUAGAGAAGUAUCCAAACUACAAGUACAAGCCACGGCCUAAGAGGACCUGCAUUAUCGAUGGAAAGAAACUCCGUAUUGGAGAAUACAAGCAGAUGAUGCGCUCACGACGACAAGAGAUGAGGCAAUUCUUCACUGUGGGGCAGCCACCACAGAUUCCCAUUACCACCAGCGCCAGUAUGGUCUAUCCUGGGGCCAUCACCAUGACGACCACCACACCCUCACCUCAGAUGACAUCAGAGUGCUCAAGUGCCUCAGCGAGUCCUGAGCCAUCCAUUCCUGUUAUUCAGAGCACCUACAACAUGAAGCUAGAGCCCAACACCAUGGCAAACAACAACGAGCCAGUCAAUGGGGAGGAUGAGAUGGACAUGUACGAAGAUUUUGAGGAUGAGCCCAAAUCAGACUAUAGUAGUGAAAAUGACACACAAGAGACAGUCAACGCCAACUGAGAUCUCUUUAACCGAAAAGGCCAGUGCAGACACAACACUUAUACAGGAGGACGCCCAGAGGGCUGGUCGGACCUGAGGGAAGGAAAGAGCAAAAGAAAACUAAAACUGUACCGCAAAGGUUUGAAAAUAUUAAAAAAAGAAAUACAACGAUGUAUCAUGUAGAAGCCAGCAUGCAGCAAAAGGCUUCAUCAGAAACAAAAGCUAUUUGGUCUUAAGUGUUUUUCACGUGUGUGAAGCAGUUUGGUUGUGAUAAUUUAUACAUGUUUGUGCUUUUGUUUGUUUUUUUUUUUUCAAUCUCAUUGUUUAUUUUUUCAUUGAGAUCAUGGACAUUUACACAAUUAGUUUAUUGCCUAAAACAUGACAGAACUUGAAACUUAACAUUUGAUAUGAACCUAUAAAUCUUACAGUCAUUUACCUUGUUUUCCUCUUCAAUUUGAUGAUUUUGCUACAUGAUGUAACUGUUCAAGAUGAGAAUAAUAUUCUCGCUCAGGUAUAGUGUGCCAGCCAACAGCUUGUGAAUGUUUUUAAUCCAGAAAAAUUAUUAACAUUACAAAAUAUUUCUAAAUUAACAUGGAGUAAUUCCAAUUUAGUACAGAGGGUACUCACAUUAUUAUUAUUAUUAUUAUUAUUAUCAUUAUUAUUAUUAUUAUUAUUAUUAUUAUUAUUAUUACACUUCUUAUAAAACUGCAUAUUUUAGUGCGGACGUGCCAAACAUUUCAAGUCGUUAUUCUAAAACCUGUAAAGUCUUUUGAGAGAGGCUUUGUAAGUCUUAGACAAUCUCUUCAUCUCUUAAUGCAGCUUCAUUAUCCAGUCUUUCUUUAAUUUACCCUCACAGAAAAACAAAUGAAACUCAGGAACUUGGAGGAAGCAAACUCUGCAGGAGGUUAUAAUAUGUUACAUCUAGGGAUGGAAGCUUGUGUUACUAGCUGUAUUCCAGGGAGGCCAAUGCAGUGAUCAUCAGUGACAUAGGCCAGCCUUUUCAUUUCCCCAUUCCGGUCCAAAAAGCGCACCGUGGCCUCCUUCACUUAUUUUCAGCUCUGCAACCCAGUUUGACUCACCAAGAUCUUAAUCAGUGUGAUUGUAAUCAGGCCAGAAUACUAAAGGGCCAAAGGCCUCCAAUCUGUGGGAUUGGAAGAGCAGCGAAAGGCAGCUUUGGUGGCAUUACAAUCUCAAAUUGAUGUUGUACAAUGUGUAGCUGUAAGACUACAGUACAUUCUGUUAAACACUUUAGCCCCAUUUGGAUGACAUGUUAAAAGUCUUAGGUCUUAAAAUGUAAUUUUUUUUAAACAUUGUAAAUCUUAAACUGACACUAAGAAGUCUUAAAGAGCAGCACGGUCAUCGGGUUGAUGCAGUGAUUACUGAAGUCAUCCUGAAAGGAGUGACAGUUUGCCAGCACAUCCCCAAACAAAGAGAAGAGGAAAAAGUCAUGAUUGUUUACCUCAUUGUGAACAUAUGAUAAAAGGAACUUAUAACACGAAGCUCUAAAUUUUUUCACUCAAAAAAAUCUACCAGCUUUGAGCCUUAUGUAACAGUUUCUUAUAAUUUAAUCAGUGUUUGAAAUGUGCUUAUUUUAUUUACAGAAACAGGCAACACAAAUUCUCUGUUGUAAUUGUUGUGACCUUCUGGAGACUGCAGGUAGAAAAAAAACUUUAGCGGUCAAGGCCUUGAUGUUGAGACUCAGAUCCUCUACGGGGCAGAAGGUCUAAGUGGUUCUCCUCCCUGCCAUGCUCUGCUCUGACCCCAGCCUGUGGCAACCUCAGCACCCAGGGGGCGCCAUCUGGCUCAGAGAAGGAGGAAGCAGCAGGGAAGGGUGGGAAACAAUAAAAAUGGGGCAUGUGUCCCUCAUUGUGCUCUCCAUCAAAGUGCUGGAAGUAAGGCCUCAACAGGGCUCCCACCCUGGCCCAAUCACCAGGCACUGGCGAGCAGAUGGAACAAGUACAUCAAGCUGUGGGGGAUUAUUAAAAUGACUGACGACUGGGUAUCAUCUGAAAUACAGCAUUAUUAAUGCAUGAGUCCAGCUAUUCCCCUCCCUUGCCCUUGAACCUGUCCAUUUCAGAGAGAAAACAGAGCUUUUUGAAGGACCUGAAUGGCUGGUCACUGGCUUUAACUGGUCAAGAUGCCUACUGCUGGUCACUGCAUUUAUCUCCUGGCUCUAAUUGGUACAGAUGGCUCUUUCUUGUUCUUUAGCAAUCUGUACUCAUAUUGUCAGAACCUAUUCAGUGAUGAUUUGUGUUAUUUCAACUUUUGGAAACAUUUAUACAUAUAUCAUGUAAAUUUUUUUUAAUCACCUCAUUGAUAAUUUCUUUUGUAUUUUUUUCCCAUUGCAUUACAUUGUUCUUAUUUUGAGGUACAAACAAUUUUAGGAUGCUCUUUAUAAACACCCUUUAGUGGAUUUCCCUUCAAGUCAACCUUUUCGGUAUUUUCAAACUGUUUGCUGGUGGUUAGAUUGAUUUGUAUGUGAUUGUAAAUAAUUUCAUGACCAUGCCACACUGUUUUAGUGGGCUGGUGGGUAAAAAGGACUCUUCAUGGAACUGAAACUUGACUGUGCUUAUAUAGCAAAAACACACUAAAAAGAAAAAAAAAGGAAAAAAUGGACAACAUGAACUUAAAAAGAGACAAUGUUUCAGAAGUGUUAUAAGCACUGGAUAUAAAUUGUAUUUUUUAUCAAUUCUGAUUAAUGUGAAGCUGUUUGAGGAAAAACCCCAUGAAUGAGCAAAAUUUCACGGCUGGACUAAAGUUGGUUUGCUGUCACAGUUACCAGGUUCAAGUCUUUAAGUUUUUCUUUGUCUGCUUAUUUUGUGUAUUUAUGCAAAGACACGUGUGAUGAAUGAACACUUUGUUUAAGCUUCAGGGCUGCCUUGGGAAGAGACUCAGCACAAGAAAGUGAGCAGAAAAUUCAACAGCAGGCUCAUAGAGCCAUGAAACACCAGACUUCAGUAAAUUGUAUAUUGUAUUUCAAAACUGUAGCGAAUCAACGUAUUGUAUUUAUUAUUAGCCAAUGCUGGCUCUAAAAUUGUCAGUUGAAAGAAAAAGAAGAAGAAGAAGAAAAAAAAAGAAAAAAAAACAUGGACAAUCAGAUAGAUAGAAAAAAAUGCUGAAUUGGAGCUUAAAAAUGUUUUUGAAUGAAUUCACCAUCUCAUUUAGAUUUUAUUGUAAAUAUAACAUAGUAUAUAUUUUUGUUUAUUAGUUAAUUAUAAGUUAUGUACUUUGCUGUUCUAUUUUAUUUUCUCUUUUAUGUUUUUUGUAUUUGUUUUAACAUCUGACAAGUCACUGUACCUCAUGUAGAUGCUGAAUUUUUCUGCUUAUUGGAAAGGAGCAAUUUUGGUCCUUAGACAGAGAGAAGCAACCUGCUUCCGUAAAUUCAAUUUUCAGUUCACCGACAAAAUUAUUCUCAUCACACUCAUUAGCAAGCAAGGUACUAAUUCAAACAAGCACUUGAUGGGAGAGAAUUAUUCAAUCAUUUGUUUCCAACCAUGAUACAAUCUAAACAGUACGCUGCAUCCUCACUUGUGUUUUGUGUUUAUUAGAGUGCUCACAGUAGGUGGCAAUUUGUUUAUGGGGAGUUGAGAUCAUUAGAAAAUAUUUGCAUGCAUUUGGCUUGCAUUGACAUUAUUAUAGUAAACAAAGGUGUUUUUUUUUAUCAUUAUUUUGUUCUUUUUUUUUUUUUUUUUUUACAAACGACUGUUUAAAACAGAUGAUCAUUUUUAUGUGGGAGUCUGCAAGUAUUUAUUUCUUUUAAUGUGGCAAAAUGCACAGACAUUGUGCACCCUCUUAGUUCACUUUGCCAUCUUUUUAUAAUGCAGCCAAUUUUUAAUGAACAUGUCUACAAACAUCAGCCAUCUGUAAAUGUAACCCUCACAAAUUGUUCCUCUUUUUCACUUGUAAGUCUUGCAGAUGGUUUGAAUGAACUGAAGACAAAAGCUUCUACGCUGUCUCAACUUUACUGUAUUUUUUAUUUUUUUUUUCUGUCUGAAAUUUGUGAUGUAUAUGAUGGGAAUGUUCUCUGUGUUAAUUUAAUCAGCACAAUUCACUGACAUGCUGGACUGACAUGCUAGCUGCUGUUCAGAAGUGUAAAAUUUGUUGUUCAGGGCAACAUUUUUAGUUGCCUUUGGUACUCUGCUUUUUAGAGUUGUCUUUUCAAGCAACACUGUGUGGGGCUCUUCUAUCACUGGAGCCACUGUUUUGAAUUUGCUGGCAGCCUGAAAUUUGUUUCUGCAUAGAAAUCCUUUCUUGUUUGUUUGUUUGUUUUUUUUUUUUGUUUUUUUUUUUUGUCCCCCCCUGAACCCCCCCCGUUUCUUGGCAGGUACCUAGGCCCAUGGCAAGUAUUGUUUGGGUGUUAUUAGAGAAAAUGAAAUACAUAGUGUCUGUUGCUGCUUUUAAAAAAAAGUUUAUGUCUGAAUAUGUAAAUAGUUUAUCAUAAUAUCUUGUACAGUCCAAUGUAAAGUUUUUAAUUCAACUUAAAAGAAAUGUUGCCAUCACAUUUGUGUUCACAUUCUUCUUUAUACAGAACAACGGUCAAUUAUUCGUUUGGGUUAUUAUUGCCUAAAAUGAAAAAAAAAAAAAAAAAAAAAGAAAAAUAGAGAAAAAGAAAUUGUUUUUUAUUUUAUUUUUGUUGUUGUUUGUUUGUUUGUUUUUUGCUUGGCUUCAAAGUGUACACCAGCAAGUCUUUGGUUUCCAUGUGCAGUAUUGACGUGAGGUAAACUUAAGGUGAAUUAUUUUACAUUGGUGUGUGUGGAGAGCCCUCUCCUUGCCUUUGGUAGUAUUAAUACACUAUAUCAAGUAAAAACAAACCAAUGAUUGACACUUGCCGGUGCAUAUUGGCACCAUAGCAAUGUGUAAACUGUAAAUUAUUAAAUUGUCCCCACAGGAUCACUUGAGACAUCUUCUAACUGCGUUUUCUGUACGUCUUGGCCCGCUCUGUAUCAGUACAGCAGGGGGCUGAAUAACUGCCUGUUUUAGCUCAUUUACCUCAAGAAUCUCCUCCUUUUUCUGUAAACGAGACAAAAAAUGUGUUGCAGAAAGCUUCUCACAUCACUCCAUCUUUUGUACUGCUGUUGACACUUACAAAUUAAAGAUACAUUUGUUUUAA